UCGAUUUUGAACUACUUCCGUAACACGCUCACUUUCGGUUGUGUAGUGUUUACAAAUUCCGGUGUUUUGUUUUCUACGGGUUUCUCAGAGACCUCAGCAAAAUGUCCCGUGGGUCAAGUGCAGGGUUUGACCGUCAUAUUACUAUAUUCUCACCGGAGGGCAGGUUAUAUCAAGUCGAGUAUGCAUUUAAAGCUAUAAAUCAAGGCGGCCUUACAUCAGUUGCUGUUCGGGGUAAAGACUGUGCUGUUAUCAUCACGCAGAGAAAAGUCCCGGACAAGCUCCUUGAUGCCUCCACCGUCACCCAUUUGUUCAGAAUUACAGAGCACAUUGGCUGCGUCAUGUCAGGAAUGACAGCGGACAGCAGAUCCCAGGUGCAGAGGGCCCGUUACGAGGCAGCCAACUGGCAAUACAAGUAUGGCUAUGAGAUCCCCGUGGACAUGUUAUGCAAGCGCAUCGCUGACAUCUCUCAGGUGUACACCCAAAACGCAGAGAUGAGGCCGCUGGGUUGCUGUAUGAUUGUCAUUGGGAUGGAUGAGGAGCUGGGGCCUCAGCUCUACAAGUGUGACCCCGCCGGCUACUACUGCGGCUUCAAAGCCACGUCUGCCGGGGUCAAGCAGACGGAAGCCACCAGCUUCCUGGAAAAGAAGGUCAAGAAGAAACUGGAUUGGACAUUUGAGCAAACAGUUGAGACGGCCAUAACAUGCCUGUCCACCGUGCUCUCCAUCGACUUCAAGCCCUCAGAGAUCGAGAUCGGCGUCAUCACCAAGGAUCAGCCCAACUUCAGGAUUCUAAGCGAGGCAGAGAUUGACGUCCACCUGGUGUCCUUGUCAGAGAGGGAGUGAUGAAGAGCCGGCGAGGUCUUCUUGAGCAGUGCUGCAAUGGGCUCGCCCCCAGAGCCGCGCAGGGCAGUAAACCACCCUGACCACCCCCCCUAGCACCCCAAACAUCAACCCUGUGUCCCUCCCUGACCCCCUGACCCAGGAAGCACUACGACACACAACACACACUCAACUCAACUGGCUGCUGUAGCAUGGAACGGCUAGCCAGCCAGACAGGCCCCUUUUUUGCUGUUUAUUUAGCUUUUUCAAUUUCUGGUUCAAUAAAUAACUUUUUGGAGAAAAAAA